GAUCAAUUCACACUUGCCAAGAAGCCAUGGGCAUAUAGAGUGACGCCAUUCGAACGUAUUGUCAAACAUCAAUAUGAAGGUAAAGGAACAAAAGAAGAUCCAUAUCAAGUUACAUGGAUUGAAGAUGAUCCGGAAAAUCCACUUGAAAUGGCAACGAUGAUGAAAUGGAUCUUAUGUUUUUAUGCAAGUUUUAGUACUUUAUGUAUCUCUUUCACUUCUUCUGCUUAUUCCGGCGCCAUUGAUUCGAUCAAACAAGAGUUAGGCGGAAGCGAGAUCGUAAUCACUCUUGGUAUUUCUCUUUACGUUUUAGGAUUCGCUUUGGGUCCUUUAUUUUGGUCUCCUAUUUCGGAAGUAUACGGUAGACGAUUUUGCCUUUUAAUUUCGUUUGUAUUCUCUACUCUUUGGAACGCAGUCGCAAUCGCAAGUCCGAAUAUCGCUGCUUUGGUCGUCUUUCGUUUUCUAGCUGGUGCUUUCGGUUCAAGUCCUUUAACAAACGCAGGUGGAAGUAUUGCAGACGUAUUUCGUGCAAAAGAAAGAGGUUUGGCCAUCACCUUGUACGCUUCAUGUCCAUUUUUAGGUCCAGCGAUUGGACCAAUUGCAGGCGGUUUCCUAGGAGAAGACGCAGGUUGGAAAUGGUUGAUGGGAUUAUUUGCAAUUUUUGCUGGCAUAGUAACCGUGAUGGGGGUCUUUAUGAAUCCGGAAACCUAUGCACCCGUUCUAUUACGAAAGCGAGCUACACUCCUGACAAAAGUUACCGGUAAACUUUAUUUAUCCAAACCGGAUAUUGGAAAAGAUGUCAGUUUAUCACAUCUAUUCAAAGUUGCUUUGGUAAGACCAUGGCUUUUACUCGUUUAUGAGCCAAUCGUUUUGCUUUUAAGCCUUUAUCAAGCAGUCGUUUAUGCAAUUUUAUAUUCGUUCUUUUCUGCAUUUCCGAUUGUGUUCGAGCAAGUUCGCGGAUGGAGUCCAGGGAUUGGAGGUUUGGCAUUUUUGGGCAUCAUGAUCGGUUUCAUGUUUGGAAUUAUACUUCAACUAGUCUGGGUAAAUCCGACUUACUCCAAAAAAGUGGACGAACACGGUGGAAUAAUGGCACCACCAGAAGAAAGGAUGCCACAAGCGAUGGUAGGAGCAGUUGCUUUGGUUUUUGGAUUAGCCGUAUUUGCCGCAACGGAUUUCCCGUCAAUUCAUUGGAUCGUUCCAAUUAUCUUUUCCGCUCCUGCAGGUUUUGGAAUGGUUUUGAUUUUUAUUUCUUUACAAUCAUAUUUGAUUGACGCUUAUUUGUUAUAUGCAGCUGCCGUUUUGGCUGCUUCAUGUACCGUUCGAAGUGUUUUAGGAGCCGCUUUUCCAAUCUUGGCCCCAUACAUGUACAAUCCCGGCGGACCGCACGGUAAAUGUCCAACCGAAUCAUGUGGAAUCCAUGUCGGUCCAGGAAUUGCGGCAUUCUUGGCAUUGAUUUUCGUUCCUGCUCCUUGGUAUUUUUAUAAAUAUGGCCCAAAAAUUCGUAAACGUUGUCGAUAUGCGGCAGAAGCGGAUAAAAUAUUACAAAGUAUGCUCAAUCCAGGAUCAAAAGAUGCACAAGAGGUAAAAGAGGCUGUCCAAGAAAUGGAAUCUGAUCCGAGCGAUGAUAUCGAAAAG